GGGGGAGGAGGAGGGGAGGAGGACCCAGCCCCCCCCUCUGUCACAGAGCAGCUGCAGCAGGUGCAGCACAGGAUAGAGGUGAUGGGUCUCCACCUCCCUGAAGCUCCGCCUUCAGAUACAGAUGAAGAAGAAGACGCAGAGAGGAGCCGAGCCUCCAUCCCCAUGGACGCAGACCACGUGGAGCUGGUGAAGAGGACGAUGGCGGCCGUGGCGUUGCCGUCUCUCGGCGUGCCGCCGUGGGCGCAGGAGAUCUCCGACGACCAGUGGAAGGACCUGGUCCAGAACACGCUGGAGACCCGGCAGAGCUCUGCCGCACUGCGCCUGCCCCGCAGGGGCAACACCACGGGACCCUGAACGCACCGCUAGACCCUGAACGCACCACCACAGGACCCUGAACAUACCACCACCACGGGACCCUGAACGCACCGCUAGACCCUGAACGCACCACCACAGGACCCUGAACAUACCACCACCACAGGACCCUGAACGCACCACCACCACAGGACCCUGAACGCACCACCACCACAGGACCCUGAACGCACCACCACCACCAGACCUUGAACGCACCACCACCGGACCCUGAACACACCACCACGAGACCCUAACACAUCACCACCCUGAACACACCACCACAAGACCCUAACACAUCACCACCCUGAACACACCACCACCGGACCCUGAACAUACCACCAGACCCUGAACGCACCACCACCGGACCCUGAACACACCACCAGACCCUGAACGCACCACCACCACCAGACCCUGAACGCACCACCACCAGACCCUGAACACACCAUCAGACCCUGAACACACCAUCACCGGACCCUGAACGCACCACCACCACCAGACCCUGAACGCACCACCACCAGACCCUGAACACACCAUCAGACCCUGAACGCACCAUCACCGGACCCUGAACAUACCACCAGACCCUGAACGCACCACCACCGGACCCUGAACGCACCACCACCGGACCCUGAACGCACCACCACCACCAGACCCUGAACGCACCACCACCAGACCCUGAACGCACCACCACCAGACCCUGAACACACCAUCACCGGACCCUGAACAUACCACCAGACCCUGAACGCACCACCACCGGACCCUGAACACACCACCGGACCCUGAACACACCACCAGACCAUGAACACACCACCACCAGACCCUGAACGCACCAUCACCACCCUGCGCCUCCCCCGCUGGAGCAACCGGACCCUGAACGCACCACCGGACCCUGAACGCACCACCGCAGGUCCAACCCCCCACUCUGAGCCAGAUUACAGUUUUUCAUCCCAAUGAGUCAGACAGCAGAGAUACCGCUAGCUGACUCACACACACUCAACCUGUCUGUGUGUGUGUGUGUCUGUGUGUCUGUGUAUGUGUGUGUUUGUGUGUGUGUGU